UUUUAUCCAAAGAGAGCAGUUGAAUAUAUUAUCGUAACUGGUGAAAGUUUAGAUGAAUAUCACCAAUCGAUUUCGAAUACUGUUAACGUUGGAGGGAAUGCUUUGGGUUUUACUGGUUCUUUAGAUGUAGAAUUAGGAAAGGUCGUUGACUAUAGCAAAUUUCGAAAAUUUAGUCGUGUUCAAUAUGAUUAUUCAUCUCACCUUCUUCAUCUGACAUCAUCCCUUCUAAUGUUGCGGAAAUGUCUUAAACCAGAAAUUCGUUCUGAAAUUAAUAAUUUAAAAAUUGAUCCAAAAACUAUUUUUAAUCGCUAUGGAACUCAUUUUAUUAAUAGUCUUAAAAUGGGUGGUCGUGUUGUUAUUAGUGCGUGUACUAAUAAACUCGAUUAUAAUUCUAAUGCAAAUUAUAAGUUGGUAGCAAAAGCUGCAGCCUUAAAAAUAUUUAACGGUGAAAUAUCUGAAGAAUAUAAGGAAGAAAUUAAAAAAUUUAGGUUGCAUAGUGAAUUUAAUUUUCAUGCAUGUGGAGGAGAUAUAGGAGCACUUGGAAAUGACAUGAUGCAUCCAGAUAUGAACAGAUGGGCUGCAACAAUUCCAAAUAAUUCGGUUUUCACAGCAUUUGAUAGAUCAGACAGUCUUUCGUUUAUUGGUGAUUUGGCUGAAGAUGAAACUCGUAGAAAACAAUUUAUGGAUGCUUGGCUUGUUUAUGCUAACAUUCACAGAAGGAAAUUCAAGUCUUUUGACCCUCCAUAUUUGGAAUACACGUAUGUGACAUCCAACACCGAUGCUACAAAGGGGGGAUUGGGAACUAGGCCAGUUAUUAAUGAGGGAAGCAAAUGGAAAUGGCUAGCAGUUUCUUACUUUAAAAAUAAUGAAGGAAUAUUUGGAAUUUUAAUUAGAGAGAAACCUUAUGCAGAAGGUCUCUUACGACCUGUAGCCAAAAAGGAAUUUUUAAGUGGUUGCGGGUCUCUCCGUCGAAUUAAACCUUUAACUGAUAAUCCAGAUGAAUUUAUUUCUUUAGGUUGCUUCUUUGAGGUUAGUAAUUAUCCUGUGGAUAUCAAAAAUCUUGUUGGUAUUCAUCGUAGUCUUUGUGUACGUGGUGAGCCUGGUGAGUCGGUUGAUGAUUAUAGUUGGUAUAUUGCACCUAAAAAUGAUACACUUCAUUUUUCAACAAUUACUUGUAGUAAUACCUUUAAUCCAAUAUAUGAAUCUAUUUGGCUUUUACAAAUGAAUUUUGUAGAAUAUGUAAAUUUUUAG